AUGUUGAACAAGAACACUGUACUGUGGUCUCUUCAGAUAUGCCUCCUAGGAACCACUCUUGGUGGGAAUGUUCUGAUCUGGCCAAUGGAAGGGAGUCAUUGGCUAAAUAUUAAGAUAAUUAUAGAUGAACUGAUUAAAAAAGAGCAUAAUGUGACUGUCCUAGUUGCUUCUGGUGCACUUUUCAUCACGCCGACCUCUAACCCAUCUCUCAAGUUCGAAAUAUAUCAGGUGCCCUUUGGCAAAGAAAGAAUAGAAGGAGUGAUCAAGAACUUUGUUUUGACGUGGAUGGAAAAUAGACCAUCUCCUUUAACCAUUUGGAGAUUCUAUCAAGAGAUGGCCAAAGUUAUCAAGGACUUCCACAUGAUGUCUAGAGAAAUCUGUGAUGGUGUUCUCAAAAACCAAAAGCUAAUGGAAAAGCUGAAGAGAAACAAAUUUGAGGUCUUGCUAUCAGAUCCAGUAUUUCCUUGUGGUGAUAUAGUAGCUUUGAAACUGGGAAUUCCAUUUAUCUACUCUUUGAGGUUUUCUCCAGCUUCGACAGUGGAAAAGCACUGUGGGAAGGUACCAUACCCUCCUUCCUAUGUUCCUGCUAUUUUAUCAGAACUCACUGACCAGAUGUCUUUCACUGACAGAAUAAGAAAUUUCAUUUCCUACCAUCUACAGGACUACAUGUUUAAUACUCUUUGGAAAUCAUGGGAUUCUUACUACAGUAAAGAAUUGGGAAGACCCACGACCUUAUGUGAGACUAUGGGGAAAGCAGAAAUUUGGUUAAUCAGGACAUAUUGGGAUUUUGAAUUUCCUCGUCCAUACUUGCCUAAUUUUGAGUUUGUAGGAGGAUUGCACUGCAAACCAGCCAAACCAUUACCUAAGGAAAUGGAAGAAUUUGUCCAAAGUUCAGGUGAAGAUGGUAUCGUGGUAUUUACUCUGGGGUCGAUGGUCAAAAACCUCACAGAAGCUAGAGCUGAUCUCAUUGCCUCAGCCCUUGCCCAGAUUCCACAGAAGGUUUUAUGGAGGUACUCAGGAAAGAGACCGACCACACUGGGGGCCAAUACUCGGCUCUAUGACUGGAUUCCACAGAAUGACCUUCUCGGUCACCCCAAAGCAAAAGCUUUUAUCACUCAUGGUGGAACCAAUGGGAUCUACGAAGCUAUUUAUCAUGGGGUGCCGAUGGUGGGAGUGCCCAUGUUCGCUGAUCAGCCUGACAACAUCGCUCACAUGAAGGCCAAGGGGGCUGCUGUGGAGGUGAACAUAAACACAAUGACAAGCGAAGAUUUGCUCAAUGCCUUGAAGACAGUCAUCAAUGAACCUUCUUACAAAGAGAAUGCUAUGAGGUUAUCAAGGAUUCACCAUGAUCAGCCUGUAAAGCCCCUGGACCGAGCAAUCUUCUGGAUCGAGUUUGUCAUGCGUCACAAAGGAGCCAAGCACCUGCGGCCAGCAGCCCACGACCUCACUUGGUACCAGUACCACUCUCUGGAUGUGAUUGGAUUCCUGCUGGCCUGUGUGGCAACUGUUAUAUUCUUGGUUACAACGUGUUGUUUGUUUUCUUAUCGAAAAUUUGGUAAAACAGGAAAGAAGAAAAAAAGGGAGUAG